GAGCUGGGGAAAUCGAAAGCUAUGAACACUGCUGGAAGGAAUCCUAUUUCAUCCCAUCCACCCCCCCACCCCCAGGCAGACAGACAGAGAGACAGACAUCCAGCCCUUCUCCACUUAGGAACUUACUUCAACCAGUUCCCUUGUCUUCCCUGUUAUUCUGUAAAUACCACAUUUUCUCGGCAUUCAGUGAGAGUGCAACACCCACAUUUUGAGAGAUUUAUUUUCCUACUCAAAAUAGGCAAGCCCCAUUUCCUGACUUGCUGAAGAUCUAUACUCUGGACAUCACUGAGACAUUUCUGAGACUCAUCCAAAAUUUGAGAGAUGGCAAGCGAAUUCAAGAAAAUUGUUCUUCUGAAAGGAUUACAGGUCAUGGAGGACUACCAGUUUAGGGCAAUCAAGUCCUUACUAAGAAAAGAACUAAAACUUACUAAAAAAAUGCAAGAUGAGUAUGACAGAAUCCAGAUGGCUGACCUGAUGGAGGACAAGUUCACAAAAGAUGCUGGACUGGCCAAGCUGAUAGAACUGUGCAAAGACGUAGAAGAACUUAAAGAAAUUGCUGAAAAGCUUAAAACAGAGAAGGAAAAAGUUAAAAAUCAAAAGGGAAAAAAAGGUAAAAGUGCAGCAAAAAAAAGAAAGCAAGAUGAAUCCAGUAGUUUACAAACUUUUUCCACCAGUAAUGAAUCAAACUCUUCAAAGAAUAAGAUAGAACAACCCAGAAAAACUGAAGCUGGAAAGAAAAGGAAGCUUACUCAGGACCAGACUCAGCUUCCAGAACCUUCAGAAAGCAACACACAAAAAGACGAAGGUUGUUUCCAGACUCCCCAUAAGCCUCCACCAAUACCAUCUGGCAGUUCCUCAAGCAAGAAAUCACAGACCCCAAAUCCAAGCACUAGCAGAGGUGAUGUUCUCCAAAUGGAUCCCAUGACAGUGAUGGUGCUCAACUCAACACAUCCAUUUGAAUAUGAGUCAUCAGAACAUGGAAGAAAGACCAUGUUUCAUGCUAAAGUGGCUACUGCGAAGCAGUAUUACCAUGUGAAAGUUUUCAACGUCUCCCUGAGAGAGAAGUUCACAAAAAAUAAUUUCAUCAUCAUCUCCAAUUUUGUCAAGGGGAGAGAAAUCCUAGAGAUAAAUGAAAAUUCCUUUGUGGUUGAAGCUGGCCCAGACCUAAAGUUUGAAGUCCCCAACAGUAUUAUCAAAAGAGCAAAUGAAACACCCAAGAUCCGUCAUAUUGAAAAGGGUGCUUCAGGAGCACUGUUUUAUGGCUUGUUUACAUUAAUCAAGAAAACAGUGAAAGUAAGGAACACAAUCUAUGAAAUAAAAGACAAUGAAGAAAAACAUAUAGAAGUGGUGGGGAAUGGAAAAUGUUACAACAUCAACUGUGAGGAAGGAGAUAAACUCCGACUCUACUGUUUUCAGCUGAGAACAAUUGAAAAGCAACCAAAAUUAGUGAGUGGAGAUCACAGUUUCAUUGAGGUCACCAAAUGUAAGAAAAAAAAGGAAAUACCAACUGCCCAUUCAAGCACAAAUGAUGAAAAACAGGACAACAUGCAGCAUCAAUUCUGUUAUUUUAAAGUAGAAACACCAAACAAGUUCUGAUUUGUGAUUAUGUAUUUUAAUUUACAAAAUUUAUUAUUCUAUUUUUUGAUGGAAAAUAAUAAAAAUUCUUUUUCAAAAGUACAUCAAUACAAA